AAUUUUUCAGGUAGAGCCGAAGAAGUCAGAGAUGCGAAGGGGGAUAUUGAGAAGAGAAGCUUCUUUGACUGCUGUUUUAGCUGCCAUGUCUGCUGCUUCGUUUUCUGGCAUACCCUUUUAUCCAGAGAUCCAUACUAGUGAGAUUACGCUCUUAAGCUUCUCUAGAACCGCUAAACAAGUUUUAAUAAUAAAGAUCAAGUAAGAAUUUAUGGAAGCAGGACAUUUAUUGAAAAUACUCAAUACCAGAGCACAACCAGCUAUUGUUUCAGUGUGAACGAGGACUGUGGAUUGGAGAAUUGCCAACGACGUAGUGAGUCGGCGUGUGGUGAGGUGGCAAGCCAAGCGGAAACUACAAGUAGAAACUAAAAUUUCACCGUGGCUCUGGUCGACGGCAUUGGUGGCACGGUAUUCAAUCAUUUCACGAGACCCUGUCUCUAACAGUGCAACCCUUAAAUUAUCGUCUGAUGGAUCCAGGGACUACCACUAAUAUCCGUAAUCAGCAUCCUAAAAUGACGAGCCAGGAGAGCAUCUGUAGCUGCAGCUUGGAUGUCGAUCGAUCUGCAUCCGACCGAUCAGAAAGAGCGAUAGAUUCUUUAUCGGAAAAAACGUUACAUAGCUUCAAGCUAUAUUGCACCGACGAGCAGGUAUUAUCAACGAAGAACCUACAAAACAGCAGAAGUGAAAUAUUGCCAAGUGAUCACACUUGUUCCGAGAAUAGUUCUACUUUUAAAAAUGGCCAACACGAUGGUGAAGCAGAUCAGCUGACAGAGAAGAAACCUAGUUAUUUAGGACUAGCCUGCAGCAUAAGCGGAUAUUCUGGAAUUAAUAGAUACAACAGUAAAUUAAGAGAAAGCUUUCGAUCCAGAGACAGCAGUCUAGGACCGUUGUUGAUAACGAAGAAAGACAGUCCCGUACAAUUUAGGUCGAACGAAAACCUAAAUAUAUUGCCCCAUCAUACAGUUCGUUACCCUAAAAGUCAUUCGAUAUCGCCGCUAGCAAUGGAUCGUCAAAAUGGAUUUACAGACGGGGUGAUUAAGAACAAGUCUAAAAUUGAAACCUUUUUGCAAACGAGAAGUUCGAUGAGUGUGUGUCAAGGGUUCUCGCGGGUAGACAAGGGAGUCUCACUCCACUCAGCGUUUCCUGAAAUCAGUCCCAUACACAGCAAAUCACCAACGAAGUACAGUCUUGCCAGUGUGCAUGUAGCCUCGCACAAUCAGCAACAUAGAGCAUAUUGUUCAACUAUAUCCAGUUCUUCACAAAAGGCUGCUGCUGAUGAACUGCCAAACACCACAUUUAGUGAAACCAGUAUAACAAACGGAUCUACGACGGAAGUAGAGAAUCACUUUCUGAAUAGUUCAUCUAGUAGCGAAAAAUCCUUCAUUCAGCAGCGAGUGGAACGUCUUUAUGGUCCAGGUGCACUGGCCCAAGGUUUCUUCUUUAAACGAAGUCCGAAUAACAAAAUGAAUAUGAACAACAGCAGUUUUAAUAAAUCCAAUAGCGAUGACAACACUUCUAUGCAUAUUUCGAACACAGAAGAAUCUUUAAAAAACUUACCUGUUUUAAGACACUUACGGCCUGAAUUUAGAGCUCAACUCCCAGUUGUUAGUCCCAGAAAGCCAACGGACGGUUCUGAACAAAUGAUAAAGCAAUUGCAGAGGUUAUGGAUACUGCCAAGCGAACUUGAAGCCAAAGAAGAAGAGAAAGUAGUGGAAAUCGUGAACAAAGAAGGUUUAAAGGACGAUUCGUGUAAAGUCAGUUCUAGUACUACGAGCAUAAAGGAUCAUCAACCAGCUGCGCUGAAAGUAGUCUUACCUGUACUCGAACACAGCGGAAGUACAAUAACGGAGCCAGAGCAGGUAGAAGAAGCGGUUGUAGACAAAAAUGGCCACUAUUUUAUGAAGGUCCUGAAGGAGGAAAAGGAUAGACUUAUCUCCUUGGCAGCGUCGGCAGAGAAUGAACUUGCUGGUGGCGAUCCAUCGGUGCUUCCGGAUGAAGCAGCCGGGAAAUUGCGAGCAGCUGCUGGAAAGGCUCGACUUCUAGCCUCUCAAAAAAUGCAACAGUUCGAAGGAUUAUGUCAGAAGAACGUUAAUCAAGUGGAGGGCGAGGAGUUUCCAACGAAGAAUGAAGACUUAGAAGGCUUCUGGGACAUGUUGAUGUUACAAGUUGUUCAAGUCCACGAGCUCUUCAAGCAGAUUGAGAGUCUUAAAAACUCCCAGUGGCAAGAGAUUAUAACAGAAAAAAUAUCGAUUCCUGGUUUUAUAAAAAACGGUAAUCUGCAUAAACGGCGUUCGACCAAUCUACCAAAAGUAAAAUCUACUCCAAUCAGUGAAGCGAACAAAAAAGCGAGAGAAGCAAGAGAACAAUCCCGACGACAAAUCCUCGAAGAGAGAAGGCGUGCAAUGCGGUCCAUUCCAAAAAACGCAGAUAAUCCUGUCAAAAUUUUUAUUUCGGAAACGUAACAGUGACCAUCUCAAUUCGAAGAAAAAUUUUGACGAAAGCAUACAAGACAAAGAUGUUUGUGAAGGAAACGAAUUUUAGAUAACGAAUGUACUUUAAACCCCUUAGUUUAUGAAGUACUAUAAUUCACAGAAACUUCUUGGAUGAAUUGGAAAAAUUGUACAUAUAGGGAAUCUUCUGUUUGAUUCGCUUAUCUUUUAAAACUUUUACUUCUUGUGGGUUGUUUUCAAUGCUUUGUACAGUGAAAAACUAUAAGGCAGUAAGAAAUUUUCCGCUUACAAUUUUUUUUUCACUGCUUUCAUGCCAGAACUUGAGAAAAAACAAAAAUGUUUUUAUACUGCGUUGAUGCGUAUUAAAUUAUUAUUUCGCUGUAAAUAUUGUUGUUUUUCACAUAGAUUGAAUUGAGAAAAUGAUUAUGAUUAAUAUCAGGAGAUAGAAAAUUCAAACAGUUUCAAUUUUUCUUUAACAAGUGGUUAUAUGUAAAGUAAUCUUUUCAAGUCGCUAUAACGCUUAUAAUGAUUUCUUCUAAUUUUUAUAAAAUUUAAUUUGUACUUGACCAGUAUUUGCAACUUAUCCCUUAAUCUUUGUUUUACGCACCUCUAUCAUAGUUAUUUCUACUCUAAUUUUUUCUAUCACGCAACACAAAUACAACUAGAAGAAUACUAUUUUGUGUCCGAAAAAAAUGUAAUUACGAGAAAAAAAUUUAUUAGCUAAUAAAUUCGUGAAGCAUUUUGAAGAAUACAAUUAGUUUUACUUAAACACUAAGUCCGUAAAUAAAAAUAUAAAUGCAACUAUUUCAUACAUGCCUGAUGUAACAUGCCUUUGAUUUUUUUUGACAAUAUUUUUCCGUUCGCUUUUUUCUUUAGUUAUCUUAUUUUCAGUAAGUGAGUUACGAGUUCGAUGUGACUGUUAAAUUGAAUCUUAGCAUCUAAAUAACGCCGAUCUAAUACUAUUUUUUAUUAAUUGUAUAUUAGAUUAGUUAGAAAAGGUCACGCUUUCUCUUAAAUAUAACGUAUGCUUAUUA